UACCGUAAAGACCAGGAGCGCGCGGUGCCGAACUUGCCGUUCCGAUCGCCAGUGAGUUGAUAACAAGCCGAGCACAGAACCCGCGCCGACUACCUGACGCAGAGCAUCUCAGCCUCAAAACGGAGCAGACACAGCGACUCAGACGUCUCGGCGUGUGACCCAGCGUCGGCGAGAAUGAGACGGCUCACCAGUGUCAGCGCGCCAGGCCGGACCCUGCUCGGCGGCCAUACCUCCUGCUGCGGCGGUCGUGAGAGAACGGGUCUGGAGCCUUGAUGACCUGGCCUGACCGCCCGCUGACUGGGCUUGACUGUCCUGACUGCCCCUGCCCCCGGGUCUGACCCCUGACCGAGCCUGACCGCAAGGACCCGACCCAGCGAGUCCGAGGCGCGUAUCAGACGGACGCACCAGCCGCAGAUGGGGUGUGCGCCGAGUCAAGUCGGCUCGCAGCAGGUGACGGGCGAAGCGCUCAUCUGCUUCGUCAAUAGGACGCCGCGCGAGGCCGAGAGCGUGCAGAAGAAUGAGGUGAAGCUGCUGUUCCUCGGCAGCGCCGGCACUGGCAAGAGCACGCUAAUGAAGCAGAUUCGCAUCAUCCACGGCAGCGCCUACGAGGAGAAGGAGCGCCUGCUGAGCCGACAGACCAUCCACAACAACACCAUCGACGGCAUGGCCGGCCUCAUCCAGGGCUUGUGGAAGCUGGGCAUCGAGCUGGGCGACCCCGGCUUGGAGGACGACAUCAACGCCUUCAUGUCAAUGACGCCGCCGGAAGUGUCGCUGAAUCCGGCGCUGGGCAAGUUGGCGCAGAAGAUCUGGCAGGAUGCGGGCGUGCAGGAGGCGUACCGGCGGUGCCACGAGUUCCAGCUGAGCGACGCGGCUGUCUACUUCCUGCGACACCUGCCACGCCUCUCAAGCCACGGCUACGUGCCUUCCGAGCAGGACAUCCUGCACUGUCGGGCGCAGACGCUCAGCAUCAUCGACCAGUCGGUGCUGAUCCGCGGUGUCUCCUUCCGCCUGAUCGACGUUGGCGGGCAGAGGUCGGAACGCCGUAAGUGGAUCCACUGCUUCCAGGACGUGACGGCCGUGCUCUUCUGCGUCGCGCUGUCGUCGUACGACAUGUUCGACGCGGAGAAGAAUGACCUCAACCAGAUGACCGAGUCGCUCAACAUCUUUGACGCGCUGUGGAAUAGCCACUGGCUCGCUAACAGCACCUUCUUCGUCAUCCUCAACAAGAGUGACGUGUUCAGGGAGAAGCUGCGUGUCAGCAAGAUGGUCGACUUCUUCCCGGCGUACAAGGGCGAUAACGACUACGAUUCGGCGUCGGUUUUCGUGCAGAAGAUGUUUCUGGACGUGGCCGUGAGGACCGACAAGAAUAUUCACGUGUUCUUUACGUGCGCAACCAAUACGGAAAACAUUCAACUCGUGUUCCAUGUUGUGGCGGAGAUGAUUCUUCAGGAAAAUAUGAAAAAUGCCGGUCUGUUCUAGCUGUGCACUAGAUUGUAGCAAUCUGAUUCGAUGCGAUAGCUUUCAGCUUUCAGGAUGCUUGGAUGCAGGUGAACAUGCAUGGAAAAGCUUUCAAGAUGCGUAGUCAUGAGCAGAGGGCAGCCUUUGUGAAUGGCCGUAUACUUUUAAGGAAUGGUGCGUAAUUUUUCAAGGAGGGAAGAGGAUACAGCUGAACAAUGUUUUUCAAGAACGAAAUGGGUCGUGCCAGCACUCCCCUCCAGAGUAAUUCACACGAUUUAAAGUUGUUUUUUUUCCUGAACUUAUAUGAGAAGUCAAAGUACACAUUGGUAUGCACAUUGCAAGUUGUCUGAAUUGUUAUUUUCAUAUCCAUAAAUUUUAUACGUUAAUAACAGUAUUGGCAAGCGUUAAGUGCUUUAACCCGUCAUGACACCAGAACGAAAUACAGUUUACAACAUAUUGUUGUGCUAAACGAAGUUAACUUGCUUACUUGCUGCGUAAGUGGUAAAAGCAACCGAGUCUUAUUGUUGAUGUGACCUAUGUUGCACGUACUAACCACCUGUCCACGACAUUCUGAAAAUAAAGCCUUUUUGAAACUUCAAGUUUGCGACGGAAAGGGUAAACAGCUAUGAAGACAAACACGCCCAUGCGAAGAAAAGCCAUGUUAGAUGUGAACUUUGCGAGGUGAAGCUGUCUUAGUGACGCUGACAUGCGGAGACAAAGAAGCGCCAUCUGAACCGAAGAAGAUACCCUGAAAUAAAGGCAUCAUUUUGAUGCGAUGGUUAGCAGUUUGGUGUACCUUUUUGCUCUGAUAAUUUAAGCGACUGCUGUUUUAAGGAAACACCGCCAAGUGGCAAUACUUAUUCCGGUUAUGAACCCGAAACUGUUCUCGUAUGUGUAUCGAUGCAACGUUCAUGCUCAACGAGCGCUGAUCGUAACGUGACGAUGGUUACGAGGAAUGGCUAGCCAUAAGACUGAGGACAUGGUCGUCAUUGAAUUCUGUAGAUGUUUCGGAGCACUCAUUGUUCACGAUAUACGAAGAUGCUUGCAGGGCGGCUAGGUCAUGCACAUGGAGGGAGACUGUGUACGCUAGGUUAAUGGCAUCAAAUCAAAUACAUUGGAAACACAGUCAUGCUACGUGUCGUUUUGGUCGGUGAUGGCCUGUUCUGGCCCUCUUCAAUUAAUUCCGAGCUUUUUCACCUGUUCAUUUAACCGUUGCUGGUAAUUAUCUGCCAAUUAAAUGGCAUUGUACACUGUCAGAGCCUGAAGACAAAAACCGGCAGUUAAUUGAGAAGGCUUCUGUGGGAACCCAAUCAUACGAGACUACCUGAUGGGAGACGUGGAUAUCUGAUACACAGAGGGUAUAUCUUGAUGACUUGGAUGAUGAUCGUCCCGCCUAUCGAU